AUAUCGAUCGCAACGCGGAGAGCGAGCUCGCGCAAUGGCAGUUCUCGAUAGUGGUGGGUCUCUCUGAGCGACGUUUUGAUAAGAAAUAGUUGAAAGGAGGUGAAAAAUGUGCAAAGACAGGGAAUACAACGAGCUAGGGAAUCGGCGAAAAGUGAUAGCGAGGUUAAACAGUGCGAAAAACCGGAGAAGUGGACGAAAAAUGGGUGAAAAGGUUUAGCUGUCGCAUCUUUGCAGCGAGAACGAGAGGGAGAGAAAGAGAGAGAAAGCGAGAAAGAGAGAGAGAGAGAAAGAGUGAGAAAGAGAAGAGAGAUGUCUGCGCCCCGAACGACGGACGGAUAGACGAACGUCUCUGUCAAGUUUUUGUGAUUUUUCUACAACCGUGUCUCGUGAACUAGAGAGAGACUCAGUCUAUUUGUGAGAGAAAAUAAUGUAUAUCGAAUGUGAAAUUUUUUCAACUUGAAUCAAAUCCGCCAGUUAACCAAGUGCGAUGUUUUCAACGCCGGCGUCUGUGGUGGGCGAGUCGUCGGGCUACGACUUUGAGAAAGAAGAGAACGCCGCCAAGUGGAAGGGGGUGUUUGUCAACUCCCUACGCAAGGUAUUGGAACAAGUUCACCCCAGUUUAGAAGCGAGGCAAGACGCUCUCGACUAUGUGGAAAGCUUGAUCCUCCGAAUGCUAGGUAUGUUGUGUGGCCGGCCUCCACCACAUACUCCUCAAGAUGUUGAAGAACGUGUUAGGCGCACUUUUCCAACACCAAUUGAUAGGUGGGCUUUAAGCGACGCGAAGGAAGCAUUAGAAAAGGGAAAGAAAAAAUCGCCUCUUGUAUUACCUGUGGAUAAAAUACAUCAGCUGCUACAAAAGGAAGUAUUGCAGCACAAAAUUGACUCUCAGGUCAGCCUGUUCGUUGUAGCCGUAUUGGAGUACAUCUCUGCUGAUAUUCUCAAGUUGGCUGGAAACUACGUUAAGAAUAUACGCCAUGUUGAAAUUUCCUGUCAAGACAUCAGGGUGGCGAUGUACGCUGACAAGGUCCUGUUGGAUAUGUUCUAUCAAGAUGACUGUACCGAAGGGCCCCAAAGUGGCUUGGGUGCGGUUGUAUCAGUUGAUGAUCCAGGACCAUCCCCACGAACGUCUUACGAAGAUUUUGUUCGUGAUCUUAUACAUGACGAACGACACUAUUUACGUGAUCUCCACAUGAUAAUCAAAGUGUUUCGUGAAGAAAUAGAAAAAAUGGCUCAAGGUCCCCAUGAACUCGAUGCACUAUUUAGUAAUAUAAUGGAUAUUUAUGAAGUAACAGUCACACUGCUGGGAAGCUUGGAGGAUAUUAUGGAAAUUACGGAAGAGAAACAGACUCCUACGGUUGGAUCCUGUUUUGAAGAGUUAGCUGAGGCUGCAGAGUUUGAUGUGUACAUAAAAUAUGCGAGGGACAUGAACAGUCCAACCAGUAGGGAAGUGCUGACGAGGUUAUUAGCUAGACCAGAGUCAAAUGAAGCAUUGCGGACAGCAGGUCAUGGAUUUAAGGAAGCUGUAAAAUAUUAUUUACCAAAACUAUUGCUUCAACCUGUGUGGCAUUGCUUUUUGUACUUCGACUACAUUAAGGUAUUACAUAACUUGACUCCAAAUUCAGACGACCGUGAGACUUUAGAACAAGUGCAAGGUCUCUUGCGACCUCUGCAAAUGGAACUGAUGAAAUCCGUCGUAAAUCUUCCAAAAAAAGACACAGGCCUACGGAUGCAAAGUAGGGCGAGAAGGCAAGCUGCACUUGAGAAGACGAGCGAAUUGCAAAAGACUGUCGAUGGUUGGGACCAAAGGGAUAUCGGGCAAUGCUGCAACGAGUUCAUAAGAGAGGAUAUGCUAGGCAAAGUUGGAAGCGGAGGGCGAAGAUUAACCGAAAGGCGAGCUUUGUUAUUUGAUGGGCUCUUGGUACUCUGCAAACCAACUGGAGGAAAGAGAGUGAGCGUUAGUGUUGGACCAGUUGCGGUAGGAGGAGGACAUCCUACGCACCAAGUCGAACUCCGUCUGAAAGAACGUUUUUUCAUUAGAAAAGUGGAGAUCAUUGACAGAGAAGACACUGAUGAAUUGAAAAACACGUUUGAAAUUGCUCCAAGAGACCACCCAAACGUUACCCUCGUUGCAAAAUCUCCCGAAGACAAAAAUAGCUGGAUGGCCGAUCUUGUGAUGCUUAAUACAAAAAGCAUGCUAGAGAGAACGUUAGACAGCAUACUGUUGGAUGAAGAAACGAAACAUCCUUUAAGACUUCCUCCGCCUCAUUUGUACAAAUUUUCCGAACAAGAUUCUCCUGAAAAUAUAGUACUAGAGGCCAGAGAAAAUGGAGGCGUGCCUCUGAUUAAAGGUGCUACACUGAUCAAACUGGUUGAAAGGUUAACUUACCACAUAUACGCAGAUCCAGCUUUUGUACGGACAUUCCUUACUACGUAUAGGAGUUUUUGCUCGCCCCAAAAGCUUUUGUCUUUGCUCAUCAAGAGGUUUGACAUACCAGAGCUAUCGGUAGUGUAUGGAGAUGAGGACAAAGCACCAGGGUGUAAAGCUGGGGCUAGAGAAGACUGGAAAAGGUACAAAAAGGAGUACUGUCAACCUGUUCAAUUCAGGGUUCUCAAUGUUUUGAGGCAUUGGGUAGACCAUCAUUUUUAUGACUUUGAACGUGACAGAGAACUCUUGGAGAAGUUACAGGCUUUUUUAGACACAGUAGGCGGAAAGUCGAUGAGAAAAUGGGUGGAUUCAGUUAUGAAAAUUGUUCAGAGGAAAUGCGAGCCAUCCGAACAAAGGCCAAUUACUUUCAGUUUUGAACGAUCUCCGCCUGCAAUUGAGUGGCACCUUAAAGUUCCUGAAGAAUCGUGGGGAAUACUCACAUUACACCCUAUCGAAUUAGCGAGGCAAUUAACGUUAUUAGAAUUCGAACUGUACAGAACAGUAAAGCCUUCAGAAUUAGUCGGCUCAGUCUGGACCAAGAAAGAUAAAGAACAGACAUCACCAAAUCUACUUAAGAUGAUUAAGCACACAACCAAUUUUACACGAUGGCUUGAAAAAACUAUAGUGGAAGCUGAGAAUUUGGAAGAGCGUGUCGCCAUUGUGUCUCGGGCAAUUGAAAUUAUGAUGGUGCUACAAGAUCUGAACAAUUUCAAUGGCGUUUUAGCUAUUGUAAGUGCUAUGGGUUCUGCGUCUGUUUUUCGGCUGAAGUUCACUUUUCAGCAAAUACCGGCGCGAUUGGAAAAGGCAUUGGAAGAGGCCCGAGAGUUGAAUAGUGAUCACUUUCGAAAGUACCAAGAGAAAUUACGAUCUAUUAAUCCACCUUGCGUACCUUUUUUCGGCAUGUACCUGACAAAUAUUUUACACACUGAGGAAGGAAAUUCGGAUUAUCUUCCGGGUAGUCCGGAGCUCAUAAACUUUAGUAAGCGACGAAAAGUCGCCGAAAUCACCGGCGAGAUUCAGCAGUACCAAAAUCAGCCCUACUGUCUCAGCGUAGAACCUAGGAUAAGACAUUUUAUUGAAAACCUUUCCCCUUUUGAGCCGAACAUGAGGGACGCCGAUAUAGGCAACUAUUUGUAUAAAAAGAGUUUGGAAGUAGAGCCCCGAGGUUGCCGACAACCACCCAGAGUCCCUCGUAAAUGGCCAGAUCUAAAUUUGAAGUCCCCUGGUAUCAAAGCGAGGAGUCUAAGUGGCAGAUUACCAGCACCCUUGCAAGCAGUGGCGUCUACAGUCAGAUUGCACGAUCCAGCGCCGGAAGCUCCACCUCCUCCUGAGUUGCCUGAAACGCCUCCACACACUUCUCAAACGGCACCUCCGCACACGGGAGAUCAUAGCGUAUUUGCUCCUGUACUACUAGGAGGAACAGGCCCUCCACCUGGAUCCCCUGGACCUCUCAGUAUGUCAGGUCUGUCACUUGGCUCACCUGGUAGCAGUCCGCAGCUUGGAUCGCCCGGCCACUUUCCACCGCCGUAUCACCAAUCGCAGACAACCCACUUUGGUUUCAACUCGGGAACAAUUAGCGUUGUUGGUGCCUUGACAGGUUUGUCAUCCGGCGGGAGUCCCGGAGCUUCUAUGCCUCCACCAUCGUCUCCUAGCCACUUACCUCCGAGCCAACCGCCACCACCUUUACCCCCCAGAUCUCACCGGAGACGUGACAGCUCUGUCAGCGAGUCACCGCAGCAGGCUCGACAAGCUCCAAAUGCUCCAAUACUUCCACCACGAGAGGGUACUUCUCCGCCUCCUUUACCCCCACGAAGAGAUGUGCCCCCCAUUAUGCUACCACCUCGACUCUCGGCUACUCUUAACCCCGGCAGUUCAGGACUUUUGGCAAGGCGGAAUUCCACUCUGGAAGCAACGGGACCAGUUCCCUCUCACCCUAGGCGCCACAUGUCUUUCAACGGACCUAGUCCCACCAAACUUCCCCCUGCUCAACCCAACGGAUCAGUGACUCCCAGGUUACCACCAAAGCCGCUACCUGGAAGGCCACCGACGACAAUGUUUAAUUUCAGUGCCCCACCUGGGCCUAGUUAAGCUCCUUCUCCCAUUCCCUAUUAAUGAACUCCACAAGGCUGAUUUGUACUCUUUUAAGUAAGCUUAUGGAAGACAGUUAUACGUUUUGUAAAUUUUUAUUUGUUUUUUGUUUUCUAGGUAGCUAUUGAGUAGAGAUUGCAAGAACGAUCACACGCAUCACGUUAUUGUCAUAAGUAUUACAGCGCGACAUUAUUUACAGCAUCUCUUACAGGAAUCAAAUCCUUACAACAAUUAGUAAUUGUUAAAUUUGGUUUUCAACUGUUUACAAAGAUGAAACAGUGUGUUUCGUAGUACUGAUUGUAAAAAAGCGUGUAGUGUUAAUUAUAAUAGACAGAACGGCCUUUAACCAUAGAACGUCGCACUUUCGCAGUCUAUCACUAACGGUAUACUUGGGUGUUUGCCACCCGGCCAACUUCUAAAAACUGGGCACAUCCAGUGUACUGUUCUACGGUUAACUGUUGGAAAAAGUCCUUUUAUCUCGCGUACAUGUAUUCGAAAAGGUUUUCUUUUUUAUUAUUUGAAUUCAUUUAAAUUAUGUCAUUUCAUGUCAAAAAUUAUUAUUAUGUUUUUGUCGAAAAAGAUCUAAAAAAAAAAUUGAAUUCAGAAGCACGUGCAACGUUAAAACAUUAACGUAACCUCUGAGUGUGGUAUGAUAUGUUUCCUAGAAUUUUACUGAUUAGACUAUAAUCGAGCUUUGGCCCCCUUUCCAAUUCCCACUCAACCCUGUCUACUCUUCCCAUCCCCUCCCCCUUCCCCCAAUACAACUGUGAUACACUGUAAACGUGGGUAUGUAUGUUAUGUAAAACUAUACGUUUAGACUUAAAGAAAAAUACACACACAGAGAAAACUAAAAAAAAAAAUUUUAACAUCAUGCGAUAAUAUUUG